UAAACUGAGCUUUUCCAGAAGUCCAGCUCUGUCUUUAGUGUGUGGGAUCGUGAUACGAACUUCAGAAGAUUUACAGGACUGCCUUAGCUGUGGCCAAAGACAUUUUACACCUGAACUUCAGCUUUGGAUAAAUCGCCAAGUUAUGCGUAAAAAAGCGCACCGCUCGUCGUGACGCUGCGUCACCGUCCUGGACGUAGAACUCUGUAGAUUAACGGACGGACCGGGAUUAUAAUAUCUAACAGAGAGAAAGGGACGGCUUCAUCCCGAUGAGGAUUACAGAUAACAUGAGGAUUUUGUGGGGUUUUGUGUUGUGCUUCAUUGUGGUUUCAGAUGCUGUGACGGACUUGACAAUGAUCGCAUCAUCUGAAUGCACCAACGUCCACGACUUCACCAUCUCAUGUAUCAAUGGUGAACGCAACUCAGCCCAGGUUGACCUGAACAUCAAGAGAGACAAUAAAAUUCUUAUAUUCCCUAAUAGGCCAAGUUUUAAACUGGUUAAGCCCAGGAACAAUGAAGUGGUGGCCAGAGAUUUCAGAGAUCUGGAUAAUAUUGGUAUCUUCUACUGCGGAUCAACACAGGACGAUCCCCAAUUUGACAGAGUCACAAUGAUCAACAACUUCAACAGAGCAAGUUUUGUUCCAAAUCAGCUGACGGUUACUGCUAACAAAGGAGAGACAGUUCACCUCAGCAUGCAGCUCCUCAGUCCUCAAAACAGAGAUGUUACUUGGAAGUACAACGGAAACUACUUCUAUAUGACUCACUGGAAUGAUAUGGUCAACCGCACCGCUGUUCUGACAGUGGAAAAUGCAGAAUCUGUCAAUCAAGGUAUCUACAGUGCCAGCUUUGUGGGGGACAGCCCCCUCCAAGGUGCCUGGAUGAGGCUUAUCGUCAGAGACUGUCCCAGUAAGAUGUGGGGUCCUUUUUGCGAUAUCGAGUGUCCAGAGUGUCUCAACGGUGGAGUGUGUCAUGAUGCAGAUGGAGACUGUAUCUGCCCUCCAGGAUUCAUGGGAACGCGUUGUGAGAUAGCCUGCAGAGAAGGAAUGUUUGGUCGAAACUGCCAGGAGUCAUGUCGCUCAGAGCUGAACUGCAAGGGGCUUCAUUUCUGCAUGCCAGACCCUUAUGGCUGCUCCUGCGCCAGCGGUUGGUUUGGGAGGCGCUGUGAGCAGGCCUGCCAUAAUGACAUGUACGGACCAGACUGUAGGCUGAGCUGUCGGUGCCAGAAUGGAGGCGUUUGCAACCGCUUCAGUGGAUGCCAUUGUCCAACAGGAUGGUGGGGGCAACACUGUGAGAAAUCUGACCGAGCCCCCCAGAUAUUGGACCUGGAAUUUAAUUUGGAGUGGAAUCUGAACUCCAGCCCCAAGAUCCUGUGCUCAGCAACAGGCAACCCCCUGCCCAGCCACAACAGCAUUGAGCUGCGAAAGUUGGACAGCACAGUAGUCAGGGCCUCUCACACUGUCAUGGACUCCAAUAAGAGUACAGCCCAUUUCGAGAUCCCACGUCUCAGUGCUGAACAAGGAGGGCUGUGGGAGUGUAGGGUGUCCACUAAUGGCGGCCAGGACUCCCGCAAGUUCAACCUCACAAUUAAAGAGCCUCCAGUGCCCACCAGCGCUCCAAAACUGUUGGAAAGGAGAAGUAAGCAGCUUUUGGUGAUGCCGGUGGACUCGCACCGAGGAGACGGCCCCAUCGUAUCCACCAGGCUUCUGUACAAGCCUGUGGAAAACAAAGACUCCUGGUCCUCCAUUAUAGUUUAUAGUGACAAAGAACCUAUAACACUGAUGAACCUGGAACCAUCCACCCGGUACCGUGUCCGUGUCCAGCUGAGUCGUCCUGGGGAAGGAGGGGAAGGGGCUCCCGGACCAGAGGCCAUCCUGGAGACUGACUGUCCUGAGCCCACGGUUCAACCUGAGAUUGACAUCAGCACAGUGGAAGGCCGUAAUGCCACUGUGCGCUGGCGACUGCCUGGCAAUCAUGGCAUUAACGCUGGCACAGCCAGUGGCUUCUUAGUGCAGCUCUUUGGGCCCCCACCCUACAGUGAGAAACUCCUGGAAGAGACCACUCUGCUCAAUGUGCUUUCUACCAAGUUCCACAACCUGGAGUACCAGCAGGACUACACCGCCGUGGUGCGCCUCAUCAACUGUGGCAGCCAGGGCCCCCCGUCCAAGCCAUACCACUUCCGCAUCAACAGCCAGGGCCCGUCAUCCCCACGCAACGUUCGGGCCCGCCCACUGUCUAUAUCAGCCAUUCAGGUGAAGUGGCAGCCCCCCGAGGAUCCCAACGGUGGCAUUAUUAAAUACGUCAUCGAGUACCAGCCAGUCGGCCAUGGCAGAUCUCACCCCUGGGUGGACACAGACGACGGAAACAAGACCACGAAAGAUGUGACGGCGCUUAACGGCAGCACGCUCUACCAGUUCCGGGUCAGAGCCGUCUCCAAAGUCCCAGGAGAAUGGAGCAAGUUUGUCCAAGCGAUGACACAGGGAGAUGGCCUUCAUAAUUUAACCCCGACCACCCAGGGUGUGGCUGGGAAGCCUGCGGCAGACAGUUACCAGCUGUUGGUGGCGGUGGUGGGCUCCGUGACCGUUACCUGUGUGACCAUCCUGUUGGCGCUGCUGGCUCUUUUCUUCAUUCGUAAGACGCUGCUGAACCGCCGACGGACAUUCACCUACCAAUCUGGAUCAGGAGAAGAGACAAUUCUGCAGUUUAAUUCAGGAACUCUGACCCUGACGCGGAGGCCCAAGCCCACCCCAGAACCCCUUACCUAUCCAAUCCUAGAGUGGGAAGACAUCAAAUUUGAGGAUGUCAUCGGAGAAGGCAACUUCGGCCAGGUCAUCAAAGCCAUGAUCAAGAAGGAUGGGAACAAAAUGAGCGCUGCCAUUAAGAUGCUAAAAGAGUUCGCCUCAGAGAAUGACCACCGAGACUUUGCAGGGGAGCUGGAGGUGUUGUGUAAACUAGGCCAACAUCCAAACAUCAUCAAUCUCAUUGGAGCUUGUGAGAACAGAGGUUAUCUGUACAUUGCCAUAGAGUACGCUCCAUAUGGUAACCUCCUAGAUUUUCUGAGGAAGAGUCGAGUAUUGGAGACUGACCCUGCCUUUGCAAAAGAACACGGCACUGCCUCCACCCUGACCUCACAACAGCUGCUUCAGUUCGCUGUGGAUGUGGCGACAGGGAUGCAUUACCUCAGCGACAAACAGUUCAUCCACAGGGAUUUGGCCGCUAGAAAUGUUCUAGUAGGGGAUAAUCUCGUGGCGAAGAUAGCAGACUUUGGCCUGUCUCGCGGCGAGGAAGUUUAUGUGAAGAAGACAAUGGGGAGGCUGCCUGUGCGCUGGAUGGCCAUUGAGUCACUGAACUACAGUGUGUACACAACCAAGAGUGAUGUGUGGUCAUUUGGUGUUCUCCUCUGGGAAAUUGUUAGCUUAGGUGGAACCCCAUACUGUGGUAUGACAUGUGCUGAACUCUAUGAAAAACUGCCUCAAGGAUACAGGAUGGAGAAACCCAAGAACUGUGACGAUGAAGUCUAUGAACUGAUGCGACAGUGCUGGAGGGAUCGGCCAUAUGAGAGACCCCCUUUCUCCCAAAUCUCUGUCCAGCUCAACAGGAUGCAGGAGGCCAGGAAGGCUUAUGUGAACAUGGCCCUCUUCGAGAACUUCACUUACGCUGGAAUAGAUGCCACAGCCGAGGAGGCCUGACUACCAGCCCCCCCAGACCCUAGAACGCCACGUAGCACCACAAGAAAGUCCCGAGGAUGGUCGCCACGCUACUGCCACCCCCCUGUUUCUCAUCGCCGAGACAGGAGGACCAGGCGCUUCACCAAAACCACCCAGCUAUAGAGGAAGGACUGUGAAAGGACACUGUGUGGAAGUAUAAGAGGCGUCACGAGAUGUGGAGUAUAGCUGGUCUACUAACCUUUCUGGGAAAUAUGACCCCUGUCACUGCAAACUAGUUCCAGGAAAAACACAACAUUGUACUGCUGGUACAAGUUACAAUGCUGGAAUCUGUUUUGAAAGUUCAGGGGCGUGGCAAAUGUGGAGCUAUGUGACUUGGUGCAUCACCACAGGGUCUGUGGGGAGUCAGCGCUGGACUUUUCCUUCUCUUUCAUGCUCUAAAUGGAGAAGGAAACCUUUUACAUGGAGAUGAAAUGAAAACUGUGGACCACAUCAGUCUUUCAAGCUGUUACUUUAAGAUGGACAAAGAUGAACAACAGUCAUUGUAGCACUUAAAAGCAGCUUUACUUAUGCCACUAGUUGCUUUUCCAUUGGACAUCUGCGCAAAACUUUACUGAUAUUAACUAAACGUCGAAAAAACAGAAGUGUGUAAUGUUGAUUUUUCCAUUAAGUCACAAAUGCGAUGAUUCGUUCAUUAUCGCAAGAUGACAUGAGAAGUCAUUCCAUAACCAUGGUGACGAACAACUAGAUAAAUAUCUGUUUUGAAUCCUGAAUGCUCGUUACCCCUCUCUCCUGUACUAAACUAAAAACUGAUUCGGUUUCCCCGUGUGUCCACACAUACUGUGUCAUGUUUGUUUUAAAUUCUUCUUCAUUUGUUGUAACAUCAAUCAACA